UGCCGGUCGCUGGCGGAGGCCGGGAAGCCACCAUGAGCGUCCGCCGUGUCCGGGGCUCCUUCAGGGGCUCUCUGCGACAGUACGUGAGCGGCGAGACGGCCAAGCGAAACCCGGUGAGACACUUCCAAUGGGUCUACCAAAACGACGAAUGGCACAUCGCCUACGACGACGGAGAUGAGGUGUCCCUCAUGUUCGCCAAGUUUGAGCGACUCCCCAUGAAGGACUUCGGCGCCGAAGUGAGGGCAUCCAUGGACGUUGAUCAGUUCCUCAUUCAAGCCGUGCUCCUACUGGAUGUGCAGGAGACCUCGCUCGAAGGCAUCGUCGACAAGAUGCUACAAAAGGUGCUUGACGGACGAGAACAGAUGGCAACCCUAGCAGAAGCGAAGGAAUCGCUUUUCACUCACGAACAAGUGCACCUACUAUCCAGGACGAUCCAGGGAACGUGUAUGCGAGAGGGGGGAGGAUUCGACUACGACCAAUCCUGGAUCUGCGCAUUGUGCGCGCUGCCGUCCCUGCAGAAGCGGCACGUGGCCGUGGCACGGCUCAAGCACCCGGCCAACAUGGGUCGCACCUGCCACGAGGUGCGCUUCUUCAUCCUGGUGCUCACUCCGAGUAAGGAGAAAGGCACCAAGAACGCCCUCGAGACCGGCCGCACGUUCGCCACCAUCUUCGCCGACAUGGACUUCCGGCAGCGCCUCCUGGAGGUGCACUCCGAGGCCGAGUUCAAAAACGUGCUGCUCAAGCACGCCCAGGACCUGGCAGCCGAGCAGAGUAAUCCCGUGCACCUGCGGGGAUCGCAGGCCCAGCUAGACUUCCCGCCCCGUAGGUGUCCCAUCGCUCAAGGUCUUAGCGACGACCUGCGGCGACGGUUGUCACACUACGUCAGCGACUAUAUAGAUGGAGUGGUAGGCCACCGGACAAUCUACAAGACCGUCUCAACCAUCUUCUUUCUUUACUUUGCCUGCCUUCUACCAACCAUUGCCUUCGGAGCGCUGAACGAUACCAACACCAAGGGCAAGAUAGCAGACGUCCGCAAGUGCAUCAUCAGCCAAACCAUUGGCGGCCUCUCCUUCGCCCUGUUCGGCGGUCAGCCGUUGGUGAUCCUCAUGACCACUGCCCCUCUCAGCCUGUACAUCAAGGUGAUAUACAACAUCUGCGAAGACUUCGACCUAGACUUCUACGCCAUGUACGCUUGUGUGGGUCUGUGGAACACAUUCUUCCUACUCCUGUUCGCCGUGUUCGACGCCAGCAAGCUGAUGAAGUGGUGCACGAGGUCGACGGAGGAGAUCUUCGCGCUGUUUAUCAGCAUCGCCUUCUGUGUGGACGCCGGUCGCGACGUGUACAAGAACUUCCAGCGCUACUACUACGCAUCCGAGUGCUCGCCGCCCACGGUGGAGGCGCUCAGCCAGCUGCUGCACAACGUGGGCGCGGCCACCAACAACACGACGGCGGCCGAGGCCCUCCUCGAGGCCCUGCCCCAGUGCCGGCGAGAGAACAGCCUGCUCUUCCUGCUGCUCAUGCUGGGCACCGUGUGGCUGGCGGUGUCGCUGUACAACUUCAACAAGACGCCCUAUCUGCAGGCCAGCAAGCGCGAGAUGCUCGCCGACUACGCGCUGCCCGUGGCCGUCAUCGCGCUCAGCUUCCUCGGCUCGUUCGUAUUCCGAGAGGUUGAGACGGAGCAGUUCCACUUUGGCCACAGCGACCAGUUCGUGCGGGCGCGCGUCGAGGCGCUCCAGUGGCCCGCCGCCCUGGCCGCCAUGGGCCUGGGCCUCGCGCUGUCGCUGCUGUUCUUCAUGGACCAGAACAUCUCCGCGGCGGUGGUGAACAACCCGUGCAACAAGCUCAAAAAGGGCGCCGCCUACCACCUGGACCUGCUGGUCGUGGGCCUGCUGAACGGCGUCCUCUCGCUGUUCGGCCUGCCCUGGAUGCACGGCGUGCUGCCCCACUCGCCGCUUCACGUGCGCAGCCUGGCCGACGUCGAGGAGCGCGUCGACCAGGGCCACGUGUACGAGAUCAUCGUGCGCGUGCGCGAGACCCGGCUCACGGGCGCCAUAUCGCACCUGCUCAUCGGGCUCUCGGUGUUCAUGCUGCCGUACCCGCUGGCGCACAUCCCGACCGCGGUGCUGGACGGACUGUUCCUCUACAUGGCCAUCACGUCGCUCAACGGCAACCAGAUGUUCGAGCGCAUCACGCUGCUCUUCAUGGAGCAGGCGGCCUACCCGCCCAACCACUACAUCCGGCGCUGCCCGCAGCGCAAGAUACACGUGUUCACCGUCUGCCAGGUGGUGCAGCUGCUGGUCAUGUGCUUCUUCGGGUUCGCGCCGUGGCCCUACGUAAAGAUGGUCUUCCCCGUCAUCAUCCUGCUGCUCUUGCCACUCAGGCACAAGGUGGUCACGCUGUUCAUCGACCAAAAGUACCUGGAAGCGCUGGACGGCGAGCACCAGUAGCGUCCUCACACUCUAUGCAGCUGCAGCAGCCGCACGAGGCCGCCACCAGACGCAGCAGCAGCAGCAGCAGCAGCCCGGGUUGUCGUACCUGAAACUUAUGCAAUGCGGCGAGGAUAGCGCUCUCCCCGUUCCUCCCACCGUGUCAAAGUGCCGCCCGGGCGACCGAGAGCGCCCGCAGCCGCGUAAAAAAAAAAAAAGCGCCGAUACAAACCCCCCCACGAUUCACACCCCUCCCCCCCUCCCCACGAACUCCCCCACAUGCGCGGACAGACGUCAUCGGGGACGUGGCUUGCUUGUCCGCCCUUCUUCGCAGAGAGAUGACGCAAGCUCAGCUCAGGUCGGGUUAGCCACGGUCAGCUCUGGUCGACUCCAGUCGUCGUCUGGCCAGGCUAGGUUUCUUGCAACUGGGCGCCUGCUUUAGUUCAGGUUCCCCCGGCUCAGGUCGGCGCUGGUCGCACCAGGUUUUGAUUUCCUGGUCUCGAGUCCAUUGUACGGCCACUGGGCCAAAAUUUAACCUCGGGCCAGAUUCAGGUCACGCCUGGUGAAGAUCGCGGGGAAAUGUCCCGCCAUUACCGGUGGGGGUUUGGCCGCCAGAAUGCCUGGUCGCAGAUCGGGGUCCCGGUGAAGUCUUCUUAGCGUUUAGGUGCCGGUCGGGCUCGGUUCAGGUCUGGUCGCAAGAGCAGCAGUGCGUGUCGAGAGUCCGGCCUUCUCUCUUUCUCGUCCCCGCCGCCAGAUGCCCCUUCCCGCCACCGCAGAAGCGCGAGGUCGUCGAGGCGAAACGACGUACGAGGCGCUAAGGUGGUUUCCACGAACGCUGUGCACACACAUGGCACGAAGAGAAAAAAAAAUAGCGAGAGAAAUAAAAGAACACAGCGGCAAGGCCCGAGCCCCCAGUGAGCGCCCAGCAUCAAACCCGAACUAGGCGUGGGCCUAAACGCACGAACGCGGGCACGCCCAAAAGUUCUACUGCAUUUACCAAUCUAGGAGCCACGAAGCGGCAAAAGACAAAAUCGUAAUACAGUCACAAUUUGCCGCCCCUAAUCCAAGCAACAACUUUACUCUCGACCGGUCGCAAAACUCGUUUUAACGACGCCCCAUCAGCACCGGAGGAAGCGAGACAAAGCCAUACGACGUGUCUUGUGCGUCCCUGUCACGUCUCGACGAGUCUUCUGUCUGUGUAGGCGUACCCCCCCAGCAAGGCAACAGUAUUUCGUGUCCGUUGUCGCAUUAUUAUAGUGUCUCUCGUCUCAGUCGUGACAGUCGCAGCUCCAUCUCGGAAGUCACUCUUCUUGCGAGUCCCUCGUCGGCGUGUCCGUUCAAUUUCGUUCUCCUCAGCUAGUGGUUUGUCUGUCCAAAUCGUCCGCGUGGAACGGUGCGCGGAUCGGUGCAGCAAUAUAAACGUGCGGCGAACGCUCGCCGACGAAAAAAUAGGUAAACGCAGAGAAACAAUCAGCCCAAACCACAGCUUCCGUUGUGAGCGUAGUACGUGUAUAGUGAAACGUAUGGGCAAGCCGUGUGCCGUUCUUUCUUUUUUUUUUUUCUGGCACCCUCACACCCACUCCCGUUAUCAAUAUCGUCCACGGGAGGUCUUCGCCAUGCUCCGUACGUCCAGCAAAAGAGUCAUCGCCGUACUCGUCUUUCCGCUUGCGAGUACGACUCGGGUUACACGGAGGGCAACUGUACAGCAAUCUCUCGCCAUGUCUCUCAACACGGGUCCCGGAAAUGACGGAGCACUUCCGGCUGUCCUUUUUCUCUCCGCCAUGUUUCUCUCCUUCCUCGUGACGGGCAACGUAACGGAGCAGGCUUUGCGACCGGGGCUACACGUGGGCUCGGGCCUCUUCCGCUUCCGGCGGCGUCUCCCGCACGAAAUGAGCAGGGGACGCCAGCA